CUCUUCGUGCACUUAAUCUCACUCUCUUGGACGGCGAGACUUCUCUCGAUUUUCUCUCUCCCUCAAUCUCACUCACUCUGCUAGUUCAAGCAAUAUGAGCUCAUCAAGAAGUUAGCCUUAGGGGGCAUGUGAGCGUGAUACAAGCAGUAAAUCGUAUGUGCAAGUGCUGUAAUCGAGACGAUAUAAAUCGGGCAUGCGAGCACCGUAAUCAGUUGGAUUGUUCGGACCACCAUGAUACGGGCAGUAAUAGUGAUGAAUACUCAGGGCAAGCCUCGUUUUGCUAAGUUCUAUGAUUUUCAGCCUGUAGAGAAGCAGCAGGAUCUCAUUCGCAGCGUCUACGGAGUACUCUCCAGUCGAGCUGAAAACGUCAGCAAUUUCGUGGAGGCCGAGUCCAUCUUUGGUYCGGACUCUCGUCUUGUAUACAAACACUUUGCAACCCUUUAUUUCGUGUUUGUAUUUAACGGCUCUGAGAAUGAGCUUGCCAUGCUUGACCUGAUUCAAGUUUUUGUAGAAACAUUGGACAAGUGUUUCAAAAAUGUAUGUGAGCUUGACUUAGUGUACAAUUAUAGCAAGAUGCAUACUAUUUUGGAUGAAAUCAUUUCUGGUGGCCAAGUGCUAGAGACUAGUUCUUCUGAAGUGAUGAAGGCAGUUGAAGAAAUAUCGAAGUUAGAGACAAACUCAAAUGCUAUCAACUUCGUCUCCAAAACGGUCUCGGGUUGGCGGGGUUGAGUUUGUUGGUUUAAGCGAGCUCGUUAAACAAUUUGGAAUGUAUUCUUUUGAUGCCUCGUCUUCAAAUUUUCUCUUGAUCCGUUGAUUUUAAUUGAUUACUUGGAUUGACAAGUCACCAUUUAUCUUAUUUGAAGACACAUUUUGA